CAUCGUCCAUCAUCAAGCAUCAAACACGAGCACGCACAAGUCCACAACACACAACGAACCCAUCUCAUCCACUCUUUCAAGCAAGGCAAGAGAGAUCGAGCGAGCAAUGGCUCCCAUGCUCAAGGGGAUCGUGGAGGACGCGCCGAAGAGGGCGGCGUACGUGACCUUCCUCGCCGGCUCCGGCGACUACUGGAAGGGCGUGGUGGGCCUGGCCAAGGGCCUCCGCGCCGUCAACUCCGCCUACCCACUCGUGGUGGCCGUGCUCCCCGACGUCCCCGAGGACCACCGCCGCAAGCUGCUCGCCCAGGGCUGCCUCGUCCGCGAGAUCGUGCCCGUGUACCCGCCGGAGAGCCAGACCCAGUUCGCCAUGGCCUAUUACGUCAUCAACUACUCCAAGCUCCGCAUCUGGGAGUUCGUGGAGUACGAGAGGAUUGUGUACCUGGACGCGGACAUCCAGGUGUUCGACAACAUCGACCACCUGUUUGAUCUCGACAAGGGCAGCUUCUACGCCGUCAUGGACUGCUUCUGUGAGAAGACGUGGAGCCACACCCCGCAGCACAAGAUCGGCUACUGCCAGCAGUGCCCGGACCGGGUGGUGUGGCCGGAGCGCGAGCUCGGCGUGCCCCCGCCGCCGCUCUACUUCAACGCUGGCAUGUUCGUGCACGAGCCCAGCCUCGCCACCGCCAAGGCCCUCCUCGACAAGCUCGUCGUCACCGACCCCACGCCCUUCGCCGAGCAGGACUUUCUCAACAUGUUCUUCAGGGACGUGUACAAGCCCAUCCCGCCGGUGUACAACCUCGUGCUCGCCAUGCUCUGGAGGCACCCCGAGAACGUCGAGCUCGAGAAGGUCAAGGUCGUGCACUACUGCGCUGCGGGUUCGAAGCCGUGGAGGUACACCGGCGAGGAGGCGAACAUGGACAGGGACGACAUCAAGAUGCUUGUGAAGAAAUGGUGGGAUAUCUACAACGACCAGAGCUUGGACUACAAUUCCGGCAACGGUACCACCGACCCGCUGCAUGCGGCUCUCGCUGAGGCCGGCGCCGUGAAGUACUUCCCGGCGCCGUCGGCCGCGUAGGCUCGCUGCUUGCCGGCCGGCGUCAGCGCGGCUGGGUCGGGCGCCCAGUGAGGCGCCGUAGAACUAUCAUCACUUUUGGGAUUUCGGAUUUUCGGUAAAGAAGUGUACACCAUAGUAUCGAACAAUGGAUUAGGAUCGAUCUACAUGUUUUUUGGUAUUGUAGAUCAAUAUAGUCCUGUUUCUUUUCGUUUGCAAAAAUAGAGGCUUGUACACCAUACCUGUUACACUAUGGAUUAGCAUUUGCAAAGCUUUGAAUUAGUA